CGAAUUACCCGUGAUAAAGCCGACAUCGGCGGUGUUUGAGUUACGUUGUUUGAUCGCCGGACGAAUGUUUAGCCGUGAGUAAUGUCAGCAUUCUUGACGGCCGAUAUCUAGCCGGACAUCUCGACAUUCGAUAGCACAGCCGGUAACGCCGUCCGUAUGAUUUACUCGUCAGUCACAGGUGAGAGACAACCUCUUUCCGUCUUCUUUCACGAUUCCACCGGCGGCCGUCUCGACCGUUGCGAUCGCAAGAUGAUGUACACGUUGAAGGGCUGCUACGUCGCGUGGCUAACUACAUUCCUUCUGUUCGUUCUGAGUCACGGUGAACUAUUCGGGCAGCAGAUGCAGCGGCAACAACAGCAGCGAUACAAUCCCGCGGUACCGCCACUUCCGUGGCAUCUCGCGCCACCUUGGGAGUACAUAGUUCGCGAGAUUAUCCUCAAGUCGGUCAUCCCGUCGCCGGCGGAUGCCGACGCACCCCACAGGCGUCCGCUGGACGCUUCCUUCUACGGCGGUCCGGUCGCUGUGUACUCAAGCGACGAUGUGAAUGUCGUUCUGUCGCGCGGUAACGUCUAUCACCUGCUCAACGGCCACUGGAUGCUGUGCCAAGACGGAUGCGUCGACUGCGAGCCGUGCGUCGCGCAAAGGAAUCCCUCAUUCAAAUGGGCCCUGCGGAGGAUUAAGCGGCUGCCGGCCUCCGACCCGCCGCGGCACGAUCUCCAGCUAACGAUAACGCCGCAGGCGGACGCCGCAGGCCACUUCCACGCCAGCAAUCUCUGGCCGAAUUCCUACGUCUACGUGACGUCCCCGGGAGAACGAGCGUUCCCCGCGUUCAGGACGCACCAAGACCACGAGCUGAAUCCCUCGGCCAGUCUGGAGGACAGUUUUUCACGGCAGCAUCAUCGCUCGAAGAAUCCUUGGCGGCUGACAGGACGGAACUCGAUCGCCGCUCAAAACGAGACCUCGCGGCAAGAUGGCCGUGCUGGCGAUUCCCAGGAGAACGCAAGCACCGAGAAGACCGCGCGAGAAGAGUCAUCUGGGCAGAAACACGGUUUCAAGAACACCCGGCGAGGACAUCGUCCUCGAGCGAGACCAGCGGAAAAACCAGCGACGAGCAGUCCGACCGUCUACGGUCCCAGCGAUGUCACCGGGAGCGACGGCGCAGGAACGAAUCAAUCGGCGCCGAAAUUGAUCCUGGGGAUCGAUCAACGAGGUCGGAAGCAUUUGGUUCACGUGGUGCCGCUGGAUUUUCCGUCGACCACCGCACACCCCGCAAGUUCCUUCGCCCCCCGUCGUCUAACGUCAACGCAGUUCGCGGCGGGUCAAGCGGCGCGCUCGGACAAAAGCAUUGCUGAGAGCGAGGGGCAAACUUACCAGCGGAUAUUCCGCAGGGUCUUCGACUCCUUGAACACGCACCGGCGAUCGAUCGAGAAUUUCCUCCAGUCGCCGACGGACAACGUGAACGGGCGUGGGAUAUCUCCCUCGGGGGGUAAUACGAAAGUCGUCGGGUUUUCCAGGAACAAUCGUGACGCUGGUCAUGUGGGUGUUGAUCUCGAGGUGACGACGCGUCUCGACGGUGCAUCGUUGUCAUCGUCUUUUUACACAGCGGAUAACGAUCGGACGGGGAUGUACUCAAAUUAUGGGAGAAGACGCGGCUACGACGGGCGGACGAAGCAGAUUUUUAAUAAUCACUCAUCAAGAUAUCGGGACACGGACAAGAUAUUAUACAGUCAGCAGGCUCCGCCUGUGGGUUUGGGUCGAGGCGGAGAACGACGAAGAAUACGCAUGAAGCCAUACUCUGUCGACAGCACGAGGCGAAACACUUCGAGAAUAAAUCUAUCGAUUUCAUCGCAAAGUUCGGACGACUUCUCGGCAGUUGUUACUCCGAAAGCUGGCUCUGGAAAUGGCUUAGUUACAAACUCCGCGAAACAAAUCGAUCUUAAUGACACCUCGGUAGGUAGAGCAAGCGCGUCGAGUAACAACGAUUCUACAGAAUCAAGUUCGAUAACGACAAAUCGCAAGAACGAACAAUUAUUCACUUCGGAAAGCCUGGAAAGUGGCAACGCUAAUCGAGAUUUUAAAGUUUUGCGCCAACCUCUCAGGAUAAUUGUUACUACCAAGUCGCCGGCGAUUCGACGGGAGCAUGAAACGCUAAGUCCCACUGACACAUUACCACGAACAACCACUUCGAGAACACUUGCUGGCGGUUCUUAAUCAGCAGCUAGUGACAAAAAGUAACGGGGACAGUGAUCAAUCGUAUAAUGCGUUAAAGUCUAAGAAAUAUUACCGUCACAAUUAUUUAAUAUUUCAUCCGCCUGGAUAUUUCA